AGCGUAGAACCGUUCGUGGCUGAUUUUCGUACGAGACCUGCGAGACCCUGCGAUACCUUGUCGUCAGCCUCUCGAUUGCAGUAUUGCUACAUUGCCGGUUACUACUUUACCUAAUUCCCUCCACAACUGCGAACUCGUGGUCUUAUCACACGACGAGCCAUUUCUAUUGGUUCAUUCAGAGUCAGGCGUACUAGCUGAUCUGAUCCCCACACAAACCGACCGAGAUUCAGUGACCGUCUCAUUGCUGUUCUAGACAUUGGACGACCCCAGCCACUUGUCGUUAGCUGCGUCGUCCAUCUCUCACGAUGACAUUAGAGCUUCAUGUUUGGGGACCAGCAUUCGGCCUAGAGUCUAUAGACCCCGAAUGUCUAGCCGCCAUAUCAUGUUUCCGCUGCUCUAUCCCCCGCGAAGAUUGGACCCUGAUCGCCAGCAAUGACGCCGCCGUCAGCCCUCAUUACCGCCUCCCCGCCUUGAAUCAUGAAGGCAUCUGGACUUCUGGGUAUACGGAAAUCAUCUCAUACCUUACCAAAGAAAGCAUCCUACACAUCGACGAUGACCUCACACCGCUUCAGAAGGCAGACACCCUAGCCUGCGCUUCCUUCCUGGCGACUCGCGGCGCUGCUCUAGUCGCAAUGUCGCUAUACGUAUCGCCAAGGGCAUGGACAGAAGUGACCCGGCCCGCCUACUCCUCCCUCCUUCCGUUUCCGCUCACGUGGACCGUACCCCCGCGGAUCCGCAGCGCCGCGCUCGCCAAGGUCGAGAACCUAGGUAUGAGUACCCUCGCCCCCGAAGCAACAGAUGCCGAGGAAUCCCCAUCGGACGGCGCAGCCAUCACGACAUCCACCGGGUUCCUCAAGCCCCGCGCGCGCCGCGGCCCCAGCGACGCCAUGCAGCCCGAGAACAAAUCCGCAAUCCGGUUCCAACACUUCGCGGAGUCGUUCUUCGAAACCCUGGAGCAGCUUCGUGGCGACACCACGUUUUUCCUCAGCGACGAAGCCCCGUCGUCGGUUGAUUACCUCGUGUUCGCGUACCUCCAGCUGACGCGCGUGAAAACGCCGCACCCGACGUUGAGGAACACGCUAGAAGGAUCCUUCGAAAGCCUCGUCGUUUUCUCGAACUCGAUCCUCGCUUCCUUCGCCGGUCACAGGCUUCCUGUCAGGAAUCCUGUGCCGAUUGGUGUGGGGGGUCUGAUUGGUCGGUUUGCGGAAGGAGCGGUUGAUUCGGUCCCGGGAUUUGGAGGGGUUUGGGGGAGGUGGCGAAAGGGUGAUGGCGUGGGGGAUUCUGCGGGUAGGGUUUUUGUGGCUGCUGCGGGUGCGGUUGUUGGUGUUGCUGUGGCGGGCGCUGUUGUCCUGGCUAGGGCGUUAGGACCCUUUGGGGAUGAGACGCAUCGCUUUGAGAUGCGGAGGAAGGGGUUGGCGAGGUUUGGCGAGGUCGGCGCUAUGUUGGAUGCGUUGCAGGGUUGGGAUCAGUUUUCGCCUGUAGGGGGUGUGGGUGCGGGUGGAAGUGGAAGUGUAAGUGUGGGCUUCGAUGCUGCUGUUGAGGCGGAGGUCGAGCUGAGGGAUCGCCUGCUGUAGCUGUAGCAGGGGUCGGAGCUGAGUUCAGCUGAGUCGGUAUCGUGCGAUACCUGGGUUUCAGCUUCUGGGUGGGAUGACGGAAGGGCUGAUUUCGGUAUGGAAUGUUUGGUUGUCAGCUGUUUGUUGGCGUUGGGAUGUUGGUAGGUAUAUAGGUGGGUAGGUGGGUGGGUGGGUAUAUGUGUGCGUUAGAUUGAUACCAUUCUACAUAUGAGGUUAUGAUC